AUGACUGGGGCAAAGGCCAAGGAAAUAAAGAGAGGGUGUGCCAUCUUCCCAGGAGCAGUAGAUGAGAAGGAGGGGGCGGAAGUGGUGGAGCAGAAGCCAGGAGGUAAAGAAAUGGAAGUGGUGAAGGAAAAUAAGGUGGUAAAUGAGGUGAAGGUCAAGGAAGGUCCCUGGUCCCUGAACGUGGAUGUCCACGUGAGCUCCCUGGAGGCCAUCCAGCUGGAAGUGGAGACGAAUGCUCAGGUUGACAGAGCCGUACUACAGUUACAGCACAAGUGUGGCCAGGUACGUCAACACUUCCUAGAGCGGAGGAAAUGCAUGGUUCAGAAUAUCCCCAGCUUCUGAGUCAGUGCCUUUUGGAACCACCGAUAGCUGUCCACCCUGAUUAGAGGCCAAGCAGCAGACAUGUUAAGGUACAUAGCCAAUUUGAGACACCCUAGUGUGGGCUUCAAGUUCUAGUUCUUUCAAAGAAACCCACAGUGCAGAAACAAGCAGAUUGUCGAGGAAUAUGAGGUCAGAUCAUCCGACCAAGUGGAGUCUCUUGCCACUCCAAUCAUAGGGCACCCAGGCCAUGAACUCUAGUCUUUCAUUGAUAGGAAUCGAGACGUCACCUGCAGCUUCCUCAGUUGGUUUUCAGACCACAACCUUCCAGAGCCUGACACAAUUGCUGAGAUUAUCAAAGAGGACAUCUGACCAAAUCCACUUGAAUACUGCCUAUUGUGUGAAGGGGCCCAUAGAGUUAGACUCUGCCAGAUAAGGAAGCCAAGGGAUCCCUUUGGGUUCCAAUCUGGUUAA